UGUAUGGUGAAUGUUCAACUGAGUUAGGCAAAAUUGCUUACAAAAGAAGGGAAGAAAGAAAAAGGAUACUCACAAGUUUCCUCCCCAGAAGCUUACAAAAAUCCAACUACUAACCUUCCUUCCACUCAAUCAGAUCCCAGCUCAGCAAUCUCACAAAUUUGCUUUAAAAAACCCACUUCUGGUUCUCGAGUAAAGGCACCAGUAUCUCUCUUGAGCAUAUCAUCAGUCAAUUAUCGAGCAACCUUCGAGCAGCAAUGGCCUCCACAAAAAUCUGUGCCCUCUUCAUAGUUUUCUCUAUUCUUCUCCAUUCAUCAUCAUUCACCAGCGCUUGCAACUCAUGCAAGCCACCGAAACCCAUCCCACCUCCCGCAUGCACUCCACCGGCAAAGCCUGCUUCUUGCCCUAAGGAUACGUUGAAGCUAGGCGUCUGUGCCGACGUCCUUGGACUGGUGAACAUCGUGGUGGGAACACCCGCUUCGAGCAAAUGCUGUGGAUUGCUCCAAGGCUUGGCUGAUCUGGAGGCUGCCCUUUGCCUUUGCACCGCCAUUAAAGCCAACGUACUUGGGAUCAACCUCAACGUCCCUGUCACUCUCAGCGUACUCCUUAGUGCAUGCCAGAAGGAAGUCCCUGCAGGCUUCAAAUGCUGAUAGAUUCAUAAAGAAGUACCACAAAAAAUGGGUUCUCGCUGGCUGGGUUUACUCUACUUUCGUAUAUUCAUUAUGGUGUUUGCAGAUUGCCGUUCUUCGUCUUGAUUUGUUGCUUUUAAUCGGUACAUUCCAAAGCUGGAAUAGGGUUUUCUUUUGGCUAUCUGUAAUAUUAUUUCAUAUUUGUGUUGUAGUUUUAGGGUCGUGUCUUUACAAAGGAAGAUUCUGGCCUUGUGUGAAAUAUUUGUUGAAGUUGAUAAGGCAUGUGGGUUAACAUUUUAACUCUUGCCUAAUGUAAUUUUCAUUUUUUUUUGUUAA